ACAUCACAGAAAUUAAUGACGUCAAUAAAUUCAGAUUCGGAUUCGGAUUCGGUUCGGUUAAGCCCGACCGCUAAUAAGGAUUUUGAAAUGGACGAGAUGGCCGCCUAUUACCCUCCACCGCCUCCGCCACCAGGCUCCGUCCACUAUCCAUACUACCACCACCAGCCACCUCAACCGCCUGCCCCCGUGGCCCCUCCGCCGCCGCCGCCGCAGCACCACCACCACCACUUGGUUCAUCAGCCCUACUACCCUCCCCAGCCUCAGCCUUACGCUCCCUACGCGCCGCCACUCGUCGCCCAGGCCGCCUACGACGAGGUCCGGACCCUCUUCGUGGCCGGCCUACCCGAAGAUGUCAAGCCCCGUGAAAUCUACAACCUCUUCCGCGAGUUUCCCGGUUACGAGUCCUCUCACCUCCGAACCCCCACCGAGAAAACUCAGCCUUUUGCGUUUGCGGUGUUCUUGGACCAGCAAUCUGCGAUCGGAGCAAUGCAAGCACUGAAUGGGAUGGUAUUUGAUCUUGAGAAGGGGUCGACAUUAUAUAUAGAUCUAGCAAAAUCUAAUUCUAGGUCCAAGCGCUCAAGAACAGACGAUGAAAGAUCUGGCUCGGAUAAGAAAGCUAGAGGUUCAUCAUAUUCAAGGGCCACUUCUGAUCCUGCAGGUGUUGGCAGCAUUCACAUGCCUGGAAUGGGUAAUUCUGCUUACAACAUGAUUGGUUAUCCAUCUGCACCAAGUCAUGGCAGCUUCAGUGGCAGUGGUGUAAAUGAGCCAAUAGCCUCAAACAUGAAUAGUUCUUCAGCACAACAUUUUCCACAAAACAAUACUCCAUGCCCAACACUUUUUGUGGCUAAUUUGGGGCCAACUUGUACGGAGCAAGAGCUAGUUCAAGUAUUUUCGAGGUGCCCUGGGUUUAUAAAAUUGAAGAUGCAGAGCACAUAUGGGGCUCCAGUUGCAUUUGUUGAUUUUCAGGAUACUGCUAGCUCAACUGGCGCACUGGGUCAUCUGCAGGGCACAAUUCUCUACUCGUCAACAUCUGGAGAGGGCAUGAGAUUAGAGUUUGCCAAAUCACGAAUGGGAAUGCGGAAGAAGCCGAAGUAAAUUAGAGAGAGAUCUAGCUUUUUGAUGGUUUCCAGAUGCACAUUUCACAUUCUUUUGUACCAACAAUAGGUAUUAGACUGAUAUCAGAGCGAACUGUUAUAAUAUAUGUUCAAUUUUCUUUUUGCGAUUUUGCGAUGCUGCCCUUGUCAACUUUCAAUAACAAAAUGUUUAUGCCACUGGGUCCAUUCCCACCGUUGCGUUGAGUUUGUAAUGCUACGGUUUAUCUAUUCAUGAACAGAAUUCUUUUUGGGUUGGUUGGUGUAAAUGAAAAGAAAAACAAUUUACGCCUCA